UUGCAAGUAAAAAAAAAAAAAAAUAUGAACCAUUUUUGUACAAUAGAGAGUAAUGUAUUGUUAAUAUUAACAAACAGCAAUCGUUUAAGACACGAUGCGCAUUGCUCUAAUAAUUUUAUUAUUGACGAUUAAAGCGUCGACAUUUGAUCUUAACGUGACCAAGCAAAUUCCCAAUGGACUUAUAUACAACGGCGAAAUUUAUAAUGUAGAGAAUUAUCCGUACGUAGUUUCUGUUGUAGUAUGGUAUGCUCGUUACAACUCUCCUCAGAGGACUUGUGCAGGUUCGCUGAUACAUGAAUUGUUGGUAUUGACUACUGCUAACUGUGUUUACAAAACAGACGGAUUCUAUUAUAAAGUAUAUCAAGGAUCAUGGAUCCACAAUAGUUUAUCACGAUGGGUAGUUAAAAAGUUCAUACACGAAGACUAUGAUCCUGAUAAUAAUAAAGAUUUUAUAAGUGGAGAUGUUGGUAUAUUGAAAAUAAAUAAACCGUUUCCGACAGUAAAGAAAUAUAUAAAUAUAGGUGGCUUUCCUGAUGAUUUCGCUGGUGGAAACGUCCUCGAUUGUAUAGUUAUUGGGUUUGGUUUGAUUAAUGAACAUACAAAGGGCACUGAAGGAUUCAUGAAUCAUGUUAAGGUCAAAUAUGGUGAAAAAGCAUGUCGAGGAUACUACAGUAAAGCUAUAAGAUACACAUGGCAACAAUAUUUGUGUACGAUACCAGGACACAGUGCGACUUGUCAAGGAGACAACGGUGGUCCGAUGAUUUGCAACGGCCAGCUUUAUGGAAUAUGCAGUUUUUCAUUAAAUUUUAAUGGUGAAAAGGGUAAACCAAUAUGUGGCAGUGAAAAUCUACAGACUGUCCACAUUUUCGUCUUCUACUUUAGAAAUUGGAUAAAUGAUAUUAUACAAUCUAUAGAAUUGGAAUACGUUACAACGAAAAAACCACCGGACACUAAGAAGAAAAGACCAAAAAUUAAGAAGAGAAAGAGUGCUGGGAAAUUAAUUAAACCACAUAUUAUACUGUAUAUGAUUUCAGCAUUAUUAUUUUAUCAUAUUGUUCUUUAAUGAAAAUUAAAAAACAAAAUAAAAUUUUAUUU